CGCCGCCGCCACCAUCACCGCCACCACCAUCCUUUUCCUCCUCCGCCACCACCGCCGCCGCCACCGCCCGGCCCCGCUCCGUUCUUCGCACCCUACGACCAGGUAACACUUGAGGAAGAAUGGCUGAACAGCGCCAGGACUCGGAGCUGCUGGAAGACCGUGCCGUGAGCCAGAAGAACCUCUUGGGGGAAUCCCACCCGUCUGGAGAUAGGAAGGACCUACAGCCUGGCUACGCCCUGCUUCAGGAUGGGUUUGCCCACCAGAGUCCUACUGAGGAUGGAUCAGAUGAGCCGGGCUCUGAGGCCUCUGAGGCUAAGAGCACGCCAACUACAGAAGAUGCCACCGCACCCCUGGUGGACGAGAGAGAGCAUGGCGAUCUGGCAGCCACCCCACAGCACGGGGACAUCCCGGAAGGAACCACAGCUGAGGAAGCAGGUGUUGGAGACACUCCCAGCCGGGAAGACCAAGCUGCAGGAGAUGUGGUCCAAGCUCGUGUGGCCAGCAAAGGAAAAGAUGUGCCUGGAAAUGAUGAGAAGAAGUCCAAGGGGGUGGAGAGCAGGAGUGGAACCAAGAUGGGGACUCCUCGAGGGGCUGCGGGGCCUUCGGCACCUAGAGGAUCAGCCAACGCCUCCAGAAUCCCGGCCAAAACGACUUCCACCCCAAAGACUCCUCCCAGUGCAGGAGAAUCUGCUCGGUCUGGAGACAGGAGUGGAUACAGCAGCCCCGGUUCCCCAGACAGCCGCCCACGCACACCUUCCCUGCCCACGCCCCCCAACAGGGAGCCAAAGAAGGUGGCUGUGGUCCGCACCCCACCCAAGUCACCGGCAUCCGUCAAGAGCCGCCUGCAGACUUCCAGCGCUCCCAUGCCGGAUCUGAAAAACGUGAGGUCCAAGAUCGGGUCCACUGAGAACCUGAAGCACCAGCCCGGAGGCGGAAAGGUGCAGAUUAUUAAUAAGAAGCUGGAUCUUAGCAACGUCCAGUCCAAGUGUGGCUCAAAGGAUAAUAUCAAACACGUCCCAGGAGGAGGCAGUGUUCAAAUCGUGUACAAGCCAGUCGACUUGAGCCGCGUGACUUCCAAAUGCGGCUCCUUGGGCAACAUUCAUCACAAACCAGGUGGGGGCCAGGUGGAAGUGAAGUCUGAGAAGCUGGACUUCAAGGAGAAGGUUCAGUCGAAGAUCGGGUCCCUGGACAACAUCACCCACAUCCCUGGCGGAGGAAACAAAAAGAUCGAGUCUCACAAACUGACCUUCCGCGAAAACGCCAAAGCCAAGACGGACCACGGAGCGGAGAUCAUCUACAAGUCUCCCACCGUGUCCGGGGACUCCUCCCCGCAGCGCCUGAGCAACGUCUCUUCGACCGGCAGCGUCAACCUGGUGGACUCGCCGCAGCUGGCCACGCUGGCCGACGAGGUCUCCGCGUCCCUAGCCAAGCAGGGUUUGUGAUCUCGCUUUGCGGCCAGCGGUCCGAUCAUGGAGAAAGAGAGAGAGAGAGAGAAGAGAGAAAUUAAAGAACUAACCCUG